AUGAUCCCCACCCUCACUUCCCCCGCCCUGUUCCUGACAGCGGCACUUGCCCCGUGGGCCGCCUUGGCAGCACCACCCGCCAUCAUCUCCUACCGUGCCGCGGCCCCCCCAACGGCUCUCCCCCAGAGAGCCACAGCCAAUGACCUCAAAUGGCAACCCUCUCUGGACUUUGACACCGAUGGAUGCUACAACGUCCCUGCCAUCGACGCCCAGGGCAACAUCGUGGAGGGUCUCCCUCACAAUUGGACCGGCUACUCUUCCAACUGUCGCGACCUCUCCGACCUCGACAACAACAACGUCUACUCCCGCCAGCGGUGCAACAACGGCUGGUGCAUCUACCUGUACGGGUAUUACUUCGAAAAAGACGUCGCCAUCGCCAACUUUAUUGACCCCGGCCACACCCACGAUUGGGAGCACAUUGCCGUGUGGGUGAGGCAAAGCACCAACCAGGCCGAGUAUGUCGGCGUCUCACAGCACGGGGAAUAUGAGAUCAAGGCUGCCAGCCAGGUUAGAUGGGAUGGAGACCACCCCAAGAUCGUCUAUCACAAGGACGGGGUUAGCACUCACUGCUUCCGCUUUGCCGAUGCCAGCGAUGACAACAUUGAGAACCACAAGGGCGUGUGGUUCAGGGGUGCAUUGGUGUCGUAUAAUGGCUUCCCUUCGCUUGCUAUCAGGGACAAGUUGUUUGCGCACGACUUUGGUAAGGCCACUAUCGGCUUCAAAGACGCGACUUUCGCUGGGAAUAUUGGACGGGCGAAGCACAGCUCCAUCACUUUCGAUGCCAACUUGGAUGUUGGGUCGCCUGGAAAUCCAUGA